AUCAAAAAAACCUUCAGUUGGCAAGAUUGUGGGAGGGCACAAGAUGGAAAAUAAGUUUGGAUCGAGCUGCGAGCUUCGUGGUUGGAGAAGCUGGGGGGGUGUUCUGGCGGCUGUGGAUCUGCCUUAUGUCGCGCGAUGUCGCUGGCGGGAUUACAACAGAGACCGAGAAAGAAGGGAAGGGCCGAAGGUUGUUUCGACCGUGCAGAUGGAGAGAGGAGCAUAUGUAGAACGGUAGUUCGAAGCAAUGCGGAAGGGAGUAGGUCAGAGUUCCGGAGGGAGCAAGGGUACCGAUGUGAGCGCUCCUUCCCUUUGUACUGCCGAGACAACCUUUGCAGGAUUGGAUGCGUUCAAGUUGAGCCUUAUGAGGAACAGGAAUCUUGGGGUAAAAGCCCAAGUCUAGCACUUUGCUUGGAUUGGGCGGUGUGGGAGUAUCUCUGCUCCGCUCGUAACCCCGUGUUGUUGACGCGGGACCUGCUUCGUAAAAAGAUGACCACCAGGGGAAUCGAGCUCGGCAAGGGAAGCACAACAGAAGGGAUAUGGAAGGCGGCGACACGGAGGCCGUUUUUGGACCUUGCCAGCGUUAAUUUUGACCGAGAACUUCUGGUGUUAUAUGAUGUGGUAGGUGCUGGAUGAGGCAGGCCUGUGGGGAGGCCAGGCUAGGCUUUCAAGUGGAUGAGAGACGACGAUGAGGAGGGAUAGCCAGGGCCUGCGACUACUGCUGGCUAGAGCCUGCAGUAGGCCCAUAGUUCUCUGAGGGGUCAGGGAUCACCUCCAGCCCAUGCAAGCACGGAAGGGUGGCGCACAGAGGAAUGGAAAGG